AGGCGUGUCUUAUGACUUGUUUCGAACCAGAAUCAAAAUUGUUUUUUUCGGACAGCAGUGCUUUUUUAGAUAAUUUUUGAAAAUGUUGACACGCCGGCAAACGUACUUGCUUAUUUUAAUAAUUUACCUCGGCCUUUCACCGAUAAAUGGCACUUUGACGAAAAGUGACAAAAAGAAGAAAGCUGUCAAAAAACUUAACAUUAAAACUUUUGAAGGCCCAGUAGAGGAAAGUUUAGAGACGAGAGGACUGCUUGCUCCUUCUGUGAGAGCAAAAGACAUAUUAGCACAAAAUGCUGCCUAUCACAAAGAUGUUGAUGUGAAGCACCACAACACAACCACAGUAUUAGCUUAUGUUACCCCUUGGAACAGCAAAGGUUACGAGAUUGCUGAAAAAUUUACGAAAAAAUUUGAUUUGAUUUCACCGGUGUGGUUACAAGUGAAAAGAAGCGUUGAAGGAUCCUACACAAUUACCGGAGAACAUGACGUCGACAACGGUUGGGUUUCAAAAUUGAGGAAAAACAACCCCAGUAUCAAAAUCGUACCCCGACUACUAUUUGAUGAGUGGAGAGGAGAGGAUUUUGUUUCAGUGCUCAAAAGCCAAGCUGAGCAAACAAGACUGGGCCAAGUUUUGGUUAAAAUCUGCCAGAAACACAACUUUGACGGACUCGUACUUGAGUUUUGGUCACAGCUCGGAGGUCAAGCAAAAGAGCCCUUGUCUGUUAUGACGAGAAAUUUAGCAAGAGCAAUGAGGAAAAGUUCCUUCAUCACCAUCCUAGUCUUGCCACCAAUAAGGCACCGAGAACUUGAAUAUUUCGAUAAGACAGAUUUUGAUCGCCUAGCAAAUGAUAUAAAUUACUUCUCACUGAUGACCUACGACUUUUCAUCAGUGCAAAGACCCGGCCCGAGCAGUCCACUGCCAUGGAUGAAAGAUUGUGUCGAAUCUUUGGUGCCAGACAGCAACGAUGCAAAUAGGGAGAAGAUUUUGCUAGGGCUGAAUUUUUAUGGGAUGGAUUUCACAAUUAAUGGAGGAGGCCCGAUUUUAGGAAGGGACUUUUUGCAACUCUUGGAAAAUGUGAAGCCUGCGGAAAAGCUCAAGUACGAUGACAACUCGGAGGAGAACUUUAUUGAGCUCAAGAAAUCGGAUUCAAGCCAUAUUAUAUUUUACCCUACGCCUUAUUCAAUUUUGAGAAGAAUUAGACUUGCCGAGGAAUUUGGCACUGGACUUUCAAUUUGGGAAAUUGGCCAGGGCCUCGACUUUUUCUACGAUUUGUUGUAAUUUUUUUUCUAUAGCAAUAAAAUGGUUGUUACAAUGUAAAGUUUUUGAUAUUGAUUUGUCAAAAUCAGUUAACU